AUGGAUUCUGACGAAGAAUACAUGUCGGCUCUCUCGACCGACGACGAGAUCAUGCAAGACGACAGCGGCGACGAGAUUUCAGCAGGAGAUGGUACGACUUUUGAUACCCCAGACAGCCCCUCAUGUCCCAUCAUGACAGUUACUAACGACACCGAUAUCACAGACUUUGACGAUGAAGAGUUUGACGAGCCUGAUCCCGAUUUUGGCCUUGCCAAAGACGUCGAAAAGAGGAAGAGAGCUGCCAAUGUGGUGUCAUACAAAGUUUAUGAACCAAGCGAUAUCCAGAGCCAACAGGAUGACAUGAUUGGCGAAGUCAACAUGAUUCUAAACAUGCAGAAGGAGGAUGCUGCCAUUCUGCUCCGCCACUUCCGAUGGAACAAGGAACGUUUACUAGAAGAUUACAUGGACAGACCAGAAAAGGUUAUGGAAGCUGCUGGAUUGAGCAGCACCACGUCCAGCUCACCAAAGCUGGAAGCCAUACCUGGUUUCGCAUGUGACAUAUGCUGUGAGGAUGAUGAGGGCCUCGAGUCAUUUGCCAUGAAAUGCGGCCAUCGCUACUGCGUGGACUGCUAUCGCCACUACUUAACACAGAAGAUCCGCGAAGAAGGCGAGGCUGCUAGGAUCCAGUGUCCCUCUGACGGAUGUGGUCGCAUUCUCGACUCGGCCUCGCUCGAUGUUCUCGUUACUCCAGUGCUGGCGGGCCGAUACCAAGAGCUUCUCAACAGAACAUAUGUCGAAGACAAGGACAACUUUAAGUGGUGUCCUGCCCCAGACUGCCCCAACGCCCUAGAAUGCGGCGUAAAGAAGAAGGAUUUGGGUAAAAUCGUCCCCACCGUCGAAUGUCGAUGCGGUUACAGAUUCUGCUUUGGCUGCCCAAACCCAGAUCACCAACCGGCCCCUUGUGAUUUGGUCAAGAAAUGGUUGAAAAAGUGUGCCGACGACUCAGAAACUGCCAACUGGAUUUCGGCCAACACCAAGGAAUGCCCAAAGUGUAACUCGACCAUUGAGAAAAACGGAGGCUGCAACCAUAUGACAUGCCGAAAGUGCAAGUACGAAUUCUGCUGGAUGUGCAUGGGCCUCUGGUCCGAGCAUGGAACUAGUUGGUACAAUUGUAACAGAUACGAGGAGAAGAGCGGCUCCGAGGCUCGUGAUGCCCAGGCAAAAUCUCGAACGUCUCUUGAGCGCUAUCUACACUAUUACAACCGCUACGCCAACCAUGAGCAAUCGGCCAAACUCGACAGGGAUAUCGCUCAGAAAACCGAAAAGAAGAUGGUCCAGCUUCAGAGUGCUUCAGGCAUGUCCUGGAUCGAAGUCCAAUACCUUAACUCGGCGUCCCAGGCUCUUCAAACCUGCCGGCAAACCCUUAAGUGGACAUAUGCCUUUGCCUUCUAUCUUGCCAGAAACAACCUGACAGAAAUUUUCGAGGAUAACCAAAAGGACCUGGAGAUGGCUGUGGAGAACUUGUCUGAAAUGUUUGAGAAGCCCAUUACAGAAUUGUCUGACCCCAAACUCAAAGUUGAUAUCAUGGAUAAAACGUCAUACUGCAACAAGCGUCGUGUUAUCCUUCUUGAGGAUACGGCUGAGAACCUGGCAAAUGGUGAAUGGAACUUCAAUGCAGACCUUUUGGCCGCCACUACCUCUGCGCCUGCUCAUCGCCGCUGA